GCAGUGUCUCUCUCUCUCUCUCUCUCUCUCUCUCUCUCUCUAUCUCUCUAUCUCUUUCUCUCUCUCUCUCAACUUUCCCGCACACUGCCAUCAAAACUGCAAUCUCGUACACUCUGCCUGUCUCUCAUUCACUUAGUAUCUCUCUCUUGCACAUUUCAUCUUUUCACCAUCAUUUCAAGGUUAACCGUAUGGAGUCAAGGCAUCAUGGAUACCGUCAUUUUAAUGCCAGUCUUUCAGUGCCAUUCCUGGCCUGUGUGAAUUCCUCCCAUCAGGAAGGUGUGCCGAAUCCAAGCUAUGCAGCAUCUCUGGGCUCCGGCCGGGUGUUACUCCAGGAGCUUCUCUGGCAGUUCGAGCAGAGAGAGUGUCCAGUUCUUGAGGAAGAGCACCCCCGUUGCUCUCACGGUGCUCUAGGAUAUCGCUGGCCUCUCACCCGGGACAACUUGCUUGCUCUGAUCCCAGCGUCUGAGUGCAGACUGCUAGAACGACUCUGUGCCCGAAUUCCACCAUCGCACACAGCCACUGUACUCUUCAGGUUCCGUGAGAUUUUGGCUCACAAUUAUGUCGUUCCCUGGGAGCUCGUGUGCAUCUUCAAACAGGUGCUGAAGGACUUCCUGAGAAGGCAGGAAGAGGUGGGAUACAGAAGGACUUUCCCUCCAGCUCCACCAAUGCUACUUCCUGUUUCUCUUCCUCCUGCAGACAUCGACACUCGUGAAGAAAAGAAUAGAAGCUUGUCUUCUCUGGAAGGGGAAGAAAAGCGUCGAGAGGAGAUUCCUACUAUAUCCAGCUAUGUAGACAAGCAUUUACAUAAUGCUUGUUCAUAUACGGUCCAUAGGGACUGCCUUCCCUACUGUCGCUCCUUUCCCUAUGACUAGCCUGAGGCUUAGAGUGACAAACUGUGAAGGCCAGAAAUAGCUCCGAGACACCCCAGUGACCACAGUGUCCUUCCCAAAGGCAAAAAACUUCCCCUGGAAACAAACAGGACAGCACUAGUGAGACCUGGGUUUGAGUCGUUACAAGAGUUUUUAUGGGUCAAGGAAAGUGCUUGGACUAAGCUGGAUCUUGACUAAGACAAGUCUUAAAUACACAAUACUGUGAGCUCAUUGAGUGACUUUCAAGUUUACCAGUCAGUUCGUAAUGAUUUAUUCAAUUUCUGCUCAUAAACUACAUUGGAAUUCCCAAAUACUGAUAUAUUAUGUUCUUUUUGUCUGUUUACUACUCAGUAAGACUUUCACUUGCAACACCACAUUUAUACAAAAAUCCUCUCGACAUCAUGAGCCAUAGAAACUCAGUAAGCACACAGCUGCAAAGCAACUUACACAGACUAAUCUUUGCCCUUUUUCUCCGUUAUAUUUUUGGAUUAUGAAGCAUAGAUUAGCCUGAGGGGAGAGAGGAGCACGGCUCUCUGUACGCUUCAGUAGCUCUCUCUAUGCACUGAUCACACAGACUACAAUCAUACGUGUGUGUGUGUGUGUGUGUGUGUGUGUGUGCAUCAAUUAGUUAAUAUGUAUUCCCUUCUUUAUGUCAGAGGUAGCUGGUUUAUGUCAUGCUAAAAAGGAGAACAAGAAUAAACUACAAAUCUUUUUCCCAUAAAGAAGCAGCUGAGCCAAACUGUUUUGGGGUUUUUUUUUAACGUAGCACUGCUGUUACACAAAUGGCCUUCCUUCAAGGUUUUCCUUUAUAUAACUGUCCUUCUUUAGAAAUGGAUCACAGACUAAUUAUUGCCCUUAUAGCCUUCAGCCAAAUGUUGCUAUGCGUUAUGACAUUCCUAAGAUUUGUAAUCUGUCAGAUGUUUAAUAUAUGUUUAACUGAAUA